AUGGACUUGAGCUGCGAGGAUUUUCGUCGAUCCGUUCAAGAAGAAAUCGAUUACCACAUCGAAGAAUUCAGAGAAGUCCUUCGACAGGGAGAUGAGCACAUUCUCACUGAGGAACUUCGCCCUUUUAUUGACGAAUUUGUGAGUGUCAAGGAAAGAUUGGAUACUUUGAAGGCGGAAUGCCUCAGAGGAAACUGUCGUCAUCUGCGUGCAUCGGCCGAAUUCGACUUGGAAAUAUUCCCUGAAUUGACCACCCUUCACAGAAAAUUCAAGCAGCAGAUGCGGUGGAUCAAGUGGAAGCUGUUGAGCUGCAGACACAACUUCAAGACCCAAGGUUUUCAUACCCACUCAUGGAUGAAUGACAAAGUUCGUACGCUGCGAAAUAUUCUUCGCCAACUGAGACGUCAAUCAGAACAUCUUGAAAUGCGCGAUCAGCAAAGAUACGUUGCCUUGCAAAAUAUCCCCUGCGAGAAUUAUUGGAUCGACAUGUUCCGCAGAGUUGGACUCUUCGCAUCUGAAUAUGACCAGUUGCAUUUUGUCGCCGAUAUGAGAACCAAGUUCCUCUUUGAUCAAUUCAAUUUGCAAGUGCGCGAGAUUUGGUACGCAAGGACUCGUUGUGGAUUCGGAAAUGACUCGCACUAUUUAGCUGAAAUGGCCUAUGAGAUGGGGCAGGCUUACUUUGAAUCCUUGAAGGAAUACAUUCGCAAUAAUGAAUCAUAA